CAUGGCUCUCGUAACGUUGCAGCGCUCACCCACCCCUAGCGCUGCUUCAACAGCUAGCACCGCUACCACCAAUGCGGGGGAGGAUUUUGGGAGUGACGAUGAGCGCAGGUUAAACCAGAGCCUCAGCGAGAGCUUUUUCAUGGUGAAGGGAGCAGCCCUCUUUCUUCAGCAGGGGAGCAGUCCACUGAGCCAGAAGGUGCACCCCCAUCACAAACAUGCAGGUGAUUUACCUCGGCACCUUCAGGUGAUGAUCAACCUUCUCCGAUCAGAAGACAGAAUUAAACUGGCUGUGCGCUUGGAGAGUGCGUGGUCAGACCGGGUCAGGUACAUGGUGGUUGUUUACAGCAACGGUCGCCAGGACACCGAGGAGAACAUCCUGCUGGGCAUGGACUUCACCAACAAGGAGAGUAAAAACUGCUCAAUCGGAAUGGUGCUGCCGCUGUGGAGUGACACCAAGAUUCACCUGGAUGGUGACGGAGGUUUCAGUGUGACAACAGCGGGAAAGACACGCAUCUUUAAACCAGUGUCGGUUCAAGCCAUGUGGUCAGCCCUGCAGAUCCUGCACAAAGUCAGCGAGGUGUCCCGCCGGUACAACUACUUCCCAGGCGGGAUGUCCCUGACCUGGACCGGGUUCUAUGAGAGCUGCAUCUCUUCCGAUCAGAGCUGCAUCAACGAGUGGAACACCAUGCGGGACCUGGAGACCACGCGGCCAGACUCCCCAGCCUUGUUUGUGGAUAAACCUACAGAGAGAGAGCGAACGGAGCGUCUUGUCAAAACCAAACUCAGGAGCAUAAUGAUGUACAAAGAUCUGGAGAAUAUAACCUCCAAAGAGAUCCGGACCGAGCUGGAGCAGCACAUGAACUGCAACCUGAAGGAGUAUAAAGAGUUUAUCGACAACGAGAUGCUGCUGAUCCUGGGUCAGAUGGACAAGGCUUCUCUGAUCUUUGACCACCUCUAUCUGGUACGUUCUACCCCAGGAAUAUACUGA